UCGUGCUAAUUGCACACAGUUCCGAGUGGCUUCUUCCGAAAAAAUAAAGGAAAAAAAAACAGAAAUAAUAAAACUGUAAUUUCACUAAUUAGUUAGUUAAUGAUACAACUUAUCAUUCGGGAACCGCUUUGACCUGACCGUGUGCGUGUGUGCAUUUUAGGCACGAGCUGCCGAAAAGACCACUGUCGUUUAACGGCUUUUCCAGCUAGCCAAGUGCGAAGUUCUAUUGUGUGAAGUGAAAGAUCGGCGCAAACCGAAGCGAUCAGUGAUCGUUGUUCGUUUCACAUUUGUUCGACUUUAGCAGCCAUAACUAGUGAGCGAUCGAUAGAACAUGAAGCACAUUGUUGGUGCGACGGUGCGAUAAAUGGUGGAAGUGUUCUGUGUUAAGUGAAUUUUGUUCUGGAUUUUGACUGACCGAAUCGAUUAGGAUUACACAUAUUUCGAGAUCAACCGAUCAAGCUGAGAUAGAAGGCGGACGUGAUAGCAAUAUGAACAAUCCCCAGGCUCAAACGAGCGAUGAGCUGGAGACUGUCGAGGCACAGAAUUCCCUGUUCGAUCUACUGUACGACUGUUCGGCCCGAGCGGUGACAACCCGGCUGGGCCAGUUUGUGUACCGCCGGGUGGACGGUCUUCUUUCGACCGCGGAGAAAACGGCCCGCUGGAGUUUACCACAACAGAUCGCACCCAGUGCCGAGGAUGAUCCGGGCAAAAUUUCGGCACCGCCCCUGAUUCGACCGCUUCCGUGGAUACUCUUCCUACCAGCACUGAUCGGAUUGAGAUUGGCACGCAUCGCGCUCUCCUUUCUGGCACUAAUGGUUGGGAAACCUCCGGUUUCCCCCGCAACGGUGGUGUGCUUUCUCCAGAACAAACGUAGGAAGCUACGGGCGCUUAAAUAUCGAGGCCAACGGUUGAACAGAAUCUCCCGUGCCGAAUCGAGUUGCUCGGGCGAAUCACGAAGCACGUGGCUCAACAGGGUCACAUUACCUCUCCGAUCGGUAGUUUCCGCGAGGACCGCCAAACCAUCGUCCAAGCCGGCUGCGGAUUAUCGCCAACAUCAGAAGCACGUGGCUCAAAAACGGAAUGCCGAGCAGCGGGACGAUGGAGACAGUGAUGAUUCGUUCAAUGCUCACUGCAUGGAACUACUGGAAAAAUAUGCUAAUGCCGCCGGAGAUUCGAGCUACAAUGCCGAGGAAGCCUCCAGCGAAUCUUCAGACUCUUCCAUCUCAGAAAGGGAAAAUUCCAUCAGCGAAGAGGAGGCUCCAAACGGUCACCCUGAACCAUCCACCAUCGCCACCGCCACCACCACUGGAGAUAAUAUAAACGGUCACGCAGACCCUGCGGAAAAACCAAUCGUGGCCAGCACACAGCCAACGCCAGCAGUUCCCAACGCACCGGAGAAACUACAGGAAAAAUCUUCUUUGAAUGUCAACAACAACAACAAAGCAGCCGAAACACCCGCCAUCGCAAAGGUCAACAAAUCAAUAGAAAAACCCAAACCGUUUGCGAUGGUGGAAACGAUCGCCGAGAACGGUUCCUCGGAUGCCAGCGAGAAACAGGACUCGAGAAACAACAACAAUUCCGUGAUGUAUGCGAAGUCACCAAACGCGGUUGCUGUCGAAGCCCCCAAAGGAAACCAGACGUCGAUGAGUGAGGUCAAGAGCAACUACCAGCAGAAGAACAAACAGCAGCCGUCGCCGCAAUCACACCAGCAGCAGCAGCAUCAUCAUCAACAAGCGCAUACCAUCACGGCGAACGGGGGCAGCGGCGCUGGAAGGAAGCAGAAGAGACCCAACCAAAACUAUUCAUAAUGUAACGAGUUAAGUUUAUAAUUGUCUUGAUUUUGUACUGCAUAAUACUCUAUUAUCUACUCACAAAUGUCUAUAAUUGUUUAAUGAAUAUUUAAUUGUGAAAAUGUGUGUAAAAUACUGGCAAAUAUACAUGAUUUUUUGUGUUUGUUUCUUAGCAUUAGAUUAA